ACUAUAAAAGUGAGCGAAGAGAGAGAGAGGUAGGGUUCCUCCUAUCCUCUGUAUCGUUCGAGCGGGAGGACGGCUUGAGGCUAGGGCAAGGUUUCCAUCAACUCGGAUCGAAUGGGGGUGUUCACAUUCGUGUGCAGGAGCUCCGGCGCCGAGUGGAGCGCAAAGCAGCUCUCAGGCGACCUCGAGGGGUCGGCGUCCUCGACCUACGAGCUCCAGCGGAAGCUGGUCCAGGCCGCGCUCGCCGCCGACUCCUCCGGCGGUGUUAGCUCCUCCUUCUCCAUGGUCUCCCCCUCCUCCGCCGUCUUCCAGGUGAUAAUUGGUGGAGGUGGAGGUGGAGCAUUCAUUGGUGGUGCAGCUGCAGGUGCUGCAGCAGCUGGUUCGGCUGCUGGUGGUGCUGCUCCGGAGGCUCCUCCUGCUGAGGAGAAGCAAGAGGAGAAAGAAGAGAGUGAUGAGGAUAUGGGAUUCUCGCUCUUUGAUUAGAUUUCCAUUCUUAUAUUUCAGGAGAACAGUAUGAGUUUGCAGUUUUAGUUUGCUUUAUUAGUAUUAUGUUUAUGGAAUGCACUCUUCAUAUUAAGAUUUUGACUGGCAGAUCCUAGUUUAUUAGGUGUUAUGUUUAUGGAAUAUUCUCUUCAUAAUGGUGAAUUGUUACAACCAAGCUGAUUCAUGUUAGUAUCACCAUAUAUGUUCCCAGA